CUACCAAAAUCACAACACAGACCCAUUUGUUAUUUCAUUUAAAGAAAAUGACUUCAUUAUUGCUCUCAUCAUUUUUGCUCUUCCUUUCGUUGUGCAUAAUAUCAACUUCAGCUUCAUCAUCUCCUGAUGGGGAAACCAUAAUUGAAUGCCUUUUGACGCAUUCUCAAUCUUCUAAUCCAAUCUCUAAUGCUAUUUACACUCCAAAAAAUACUUCAUACUCAUCUGUCUUACAAACUUAUAUUCGAAAUCUUCGAUUCAAUGAAUCCACAACCCGUAAACCACUACUUAUUGUCACUGCAUUGCACGAAUCACAUGUGCAAGCGUCGAUUAUUUGUGCUAGAAAACAUGGAUUGCAAAUGAAAAUCCGAAGCGGAGGCCAUGACUACGAGGGUAUCUCUUAUGUCUCGAUUGUACCUUUUUUUAUCCUCGACAUGUUCAAUCUUCGAAAGAUUGAAGUUGAUGUUGUUAGUGAGACUGCAUGGGUUGAAGCUGGAGCUACCCUUGGUGAAGUUUACUAUAAUAUUGGUAAUAAAAGCAAUAUUCAUGGCUUUCCGGCGGGUGUUUGUCCUACCGUUGGCGUUGGCGGUCAUUUUGGUGGUGGUGGAUAUGGUAACAUGAUGAGAAAGUAUGGACUUUCUGUCGAUAAUAUCAUCGAUGCGAAACUAAUCGAUGUUAAUGGAAGACUUCUUGAUAGGAAAUCUAUGGGAGAAGAUCUUUUUUGGGCUAUAACAGGGGGAGGAGGCGCUAGCUAUGGUGUAGUAAUCGCUUACAAGAUAAAAAUUGUUCGAGUUCCUGAAAUAGUAACUGUUUUUCGCGUUCAAAGAACUCAAGAACAGAAUGUAACUGAUAUUGUUUAUCAAUGGCAACAAAUUGCACCCAAGAUUGACGAUGAUCUUUUCCUUAGGGUUACGUUUGAUGUGAUUAAUAGUACUCAAGGUAGUGGAAAGACAAUUAGGGCAACAUUACGGGCUCUUUUUCUUGGAGAUAGUACCAAACUUCUCUCGAUUAUAAACGCGAAGUUACCUCAAUUAGGAUUGAUUCAAUCAGAAUGCAUUGAAAUGAGUUGGCUUGAAUCUGUCUUGUUUUGGACUGAUUUUUCUCUUGGAACACCAACUACUGCUUUGCUUAGUCGAACACCGCAAGUGCUUACCCAUUUGAAAAGAAAAUCGGAUUACGUUCAAGAACCGAUUCCAAGAAAUGGGUUAGAGAGUAUUUGGAAGAAGAUGAUUGAACUUCAAGUGCCUCAAUUAACAUUCAAUCCUUACGGAGGAAAAAUGGCAGAAAUUCCUGCCGAUGCAAAGCCAUUUCCACACAGAGCUGGCAAUUUAUGGAAGAUUCAGUAUGCAACUAAUUGGAAUGAAGAUGGAACAGAAGCAGCAAAUCGCUAUAUAAAUUUGACAAGGCAGCUUUAUAAUUUUAUGACUCCUUUUGUUUCAAAGAAUCCAAGAGCAGCAUUCUUGAAUUAUAGAGAUCUUGAUCUGGGUAUUAACCACAAUGGUAAGAGAAGUUAUUUGGAAGGAAGAGUUUAUGGAAUCAAGUAUUUUAAAGAUAAUUUUAAUAGGUUGGUGAAAAUCAAGACUAAAGUUGAUCCUGGUAAUUUCUUUAGAAAUGAACAGAGCAUUCCAACUUUUCCAUACUGGAAGAACUAGGUUGGCUUCAAUUGCAAGAUGAUGUGUUCUGUGUGUUUCUUUUUUUUUUUUUUUUUUUUUU